AGGUGGAGUGGUCUUCGGGCCUUGGGUCCAAAACCUAGCCCAAACACCAACAUCACGCUCCAAAACACCUGCAGUAGAAAUGCUAACAGCAAAAAACCAACGGAACUCACGGCAUCUCCUUCACGCCCUAUGUGUUCAGUAUUGGAGGAAAACGAUUCAGCCUGCAUACGCCGAUCCCGACCGCGACGGAAGCAUCGGCCGCGCCGGGUUUCAUCACCGGCGGCGGCGAUUCGGGAUGGUGACGUUCGCGUCACCUCGACCGUCGUCCCUUCCUGAUCUAAAUGGAAUUCAACACCGGAACACCUGCAACGGAAAUCUUACCGACGAUGAAGGAUGUAGAGCUCAGAGUGAAUUGCAGAAUCUGGAAACGAGGAGAGGAGGAUGAAUGCUCGAGAAAUCCAGCGGUCUUUUACGAUGGUCAAGACGAUUCCUCUACACGUUAUGGAAGAAAGAUAGAGAUUUGUGAAGUUGAUCGCGUUUUUUGUGUGGUGGUUCGGCGAUGGAAGAUUGUGAAGUUUGUUAGAGUUUGGAGGGAGGGAAGAAGGAGAAGAAUCUGGAAGAGGAUUUUGAGAGCGGGAAGAAGAAUUUAUAGAGUUAUUUUUGAUUUUUCUGUUGCCGUUUACUUCAUAAUCCAAUGCUAGCUUAUUGCCGUUUGCUUUAUAAUUCAAUGCUAGCUUAUUGCCGUUUCCACCGUUGUUGUGUGAUGCGUUUGUUACCGGCUUGGAGUUUUGUGUGUUGGCUAGCUUGUUGGUGUGCGUUUUAUGUGCUUAUGGUUGGAGCCGCUUCUUGUGCAGUUCCUGAAGCUUGAUGCUGCGUUUCAAUUGCAAUUUGGUGUUGUGGCUUCUUUCUCAUAUGGCUUGCAGCCGGUGUUCUGUUUUGGCGGUUGAAGCGUUAUGUUGUAGCUUUUGGAGUUUCUCACACGCACUGUACCGCUGUAUUGCUUUUGCAGCAGCUUUCACAUUGCCUUGGCUUGAAGCUUUAGAUUGUAGCUUGGCUCGCGUGGAAUUGCUUAGCUGCGGUUGAGCCUUGCAGUUUGUUUUCACUUUAUUAUUUUCCUUCCUUCUUUAUUUUUGCUUUGUUAUUUUGGAUAUAUGUUAAUAUAUGGACAAUGGUUGGAUUGUAAUGAAUUUUGGUUUGUAAAAAAAUGAUUAUGGAAUGGAUUAAUUAAA